ACGCGCUGCAGCUCCGCGUGGAAACCAGGCGCCAUCUUACUUAACGAAAAUACGUGAGCUCCCCAACAGUUUCAAGUUAAAUAUAAUUAACUGUAAUUCUGUAGUAUAGUUUUUUAUUCCGAAAUUGUCACUACCAGUAAAUGACAUAGAGGAAAAUAGGAUCAGGCCGUUAAAGUCUACAAAAUUGACAAAAUCUACAUCGAAACCAUUCCCAAACAUGGCUCCCACGGAGCAGGAAAAGGACUCCUGUGACCGGAUGUGGGAGGAGCUACCCCAACAGUGUGUCAGGAGCCAGCUUUCAGAAGCAGGCACCCGAGUGUCCACUCCUUUUUCUGAUCUAAGUAAUGGGUAUGAGAGCAGCACCAGUACUGAAGCCAACAGUGAUCUGUGGGCUCAGCUGCACUGUGAGAUAGAGAGAUCUGAACACCUGGACUCCAGGUUAAAGAACUGCCUCCUUCAGCUCAAUCUGCCUGUUUCUGGCAAUGCAGAAAAAGAGUCUGAGCCAGGAGCCCUGGGGGACAGUGUCAGAAGCCAGAGCCCUGAUGCAGGUACCCAAGCACCCACGCCACACUCUGGGCUGCUCAGCGAUGGACACGACAGCAGCUGCACCUGUGGAGACAGCAGUGAUCUGUGGGCUCAGUUGCACUGUGAGAUAGAGAGAUCUGAACACCUGGACUCCAGGUUAAGGAACUACCUCCUUCAGCUCAAUCUGCCUGUUUCUGGGUCAGGAGCCCUGGGUGUAGGUGUGCUCCCAGCUGAACCAGGGGGUUGUGUUAGAAGCCAGAGUCCUGAAGAAGACUGCCGAGCAUGUACUCCAUCUUCUGAGCUGCUCAGCGGUGGAUUUGACAGCAGCCACACCUUUGAAACUGACAGUCAUCUGUGGGCUCAGCUGCUCCAUGAAGUGAAACAGUGUGAACACCUUAGUCAGCUGACUUCUGAAGACCCAGAGGACCAAUCAGAGUCAGUCGCUGGGCAGGAAGUGGUGUCACCUUCACUAAAGGCUUUAUUGGAAGGCCUUUCCAAUGAGGUGUCCAGAAUACUGGGUCUUUCGAAGCGCUUUAUCUCCCAUACAGCUCUUCGCACUGAAGCUUGCUCCCAUGGGGAAAGCUGUCAGAAGGACAGACAAGCACUGUUUCAUGCGAUUCACUCCUUAAAGGAACUGGUUUCCAAACUGGUUUUUGAUAAGAACAUGGAGGAACUGCAGAGCUACCUGAUCAGCACCGACAGAAACAGCCUUCUGUCAGAGAUUGAGAACCUUAAGACUGAAAUGAGAAAUGUGCAACUUCAGCAUCAAGACACUGUGGAAAGUCUUCAGCAGUCUUUGAAGACCGCCCAGGAGGAGCAGACUAGUAGGAAAUGCCUGCUGUCAGAGAUUGAUCAACUCAAGACAGAUCUGAGAAACUCUCAGUUCCAGCAUGAUGAGAAGAUGAAGGGUCUCCAGCUAGCCUUGGACACUGCACAAGAUGAGUGCAAGAACACGAUGGUAGCUCUACAUCAAACACUGAAGUCUUCUCGGGACAAAGUGAAAGCACUUCAGAAGACCCUAGAAGCGUCGGAGGCCAAGAGCAAGGCCACCGUACAGAAGCUCCAGCAUGCACUGACAGAUUAUCAGAAGGAGCACCGCAGGAAGGUCAAGACGUUGAUACAGGCCCUGAAGAAGUCUAGGGAGGAGCACAAGGAGAAAGAGCUGGGACUGCAGCAGAUGCUGGAGUGUUCUCAGGAAAAAGUCCAGGUUUUCCAGGAGACCCUGGAAACGUACGAGGUGAAGCACCUGAGGGAAAUGCAGAAAAUGCAGCAGGCACUGGAGGCUUCUCAGAAGAAAGUCCAAGCUUUGCAGGAAAUUCUUGACACAUUCAAGGCAAAGCACAACGAGGAAAUGCUCGUGGUGCAGCAGACUUCAGAGCGUUCUCAGGAGAAGGUCCGAGCCCUGCAGGAAGCCCUUGACAAACGGGAGAUGGAAUACCAGAGGGAAAUGGGUGGACUGCAGCAGACACUGGAGGCUUCUCAGGAUAAGCUGCAGGCUUUGCAGGAGACCCUGGAUAAGUGUGAGAUGAAACACGAGCAGGAAAUGCAGAACGUGCAGCAGACGCUGGACAGAGCCAUGCAGCAGGGAGCCACAAAGGAGCAGGAACUCCGUACCCAAGUCAUAUCUCUGAAAACUAAGCUUCUGCAAGAGAAGUCUAAGUCUAACGAAGAGCUGAGAAAAUCUGUGGCGUCUGAAAAGGAGAUGCAGGAAGAUAUCAGAAAUCUGAGGAUCAUACUGAAGAAUCAGAGGGAGCAGCUUGAGAUCGCUUUGGAAACUCUCAGGCAGAAGCAGCAGGAGCAGAAGGACAUCCACUGCCACCUACAGGCUGACACCCAGAGGUGCAGCCAGGAGACUCUGCCUGAGCGGCUGGGAGCAGCUGCCGCAAACACGGGCCCCCCGGAGCAGAAUCAGCCAGAGCAGCCUCUCCCAUCAAUGGGAAAAGAGUACCAACACAGAGCCAGGCUGAGGGAGGAGUACCUGGAUCUGCGGAGCAGCCUGCGCUCCCUGAUGGAGAGCGAGGGGGACCGAGAGGAGCAGAGGAGGCAUGGCUGGAGGAAGCUCCUGGAGAAAACAGAGGAGUGGGAGAGAAAGGCAGUGAAAUUGGUGGAAGGUCUGGAUUCUAAGCAGUGUUGUCAGGUUUCCGAGGUAACGGGCAGUGAAAGAGAGCACUCCUGGACUGUGGGAUCCUUUUCCCCUCCGUCCCGGGACACUUCAGCGUCCAACCGAGUUCCCCUUGCCCAAUCCCAGCUGUCCAGCUCCCAGUCUCACCACAGGCUCAGACAUUCCCAAGACAGCAGCAAGCCUGUAGCAUUGACAGCAUCUGCCUACAAACAGCCACAACCUGACUACAUCCAGCAUUUACUGACUGUCCAGAAAAGGAUAAAAGGACUACAGUCAGUUAAUUUUCAGAACAGUGUCAAGGACGUUCUUGGAGUGUCCCGACUGAACGCCAAGGGAAUCUGCUGAGCGGUGAUGCACUUCACAUCAACAUACACUGUUUCAAGGCGCUGAAAUCGCUACAACACUGGAAGCUUAAUUCUGAAAUGGAGGAAAAUGUCCUCAUCAUCUGUUAUUUUGUGGAAUUUGAAUUACAAUUUCAAAAUUAACGUAAUUAUCUGUUUUGAAUGUAUUCCUGUAUUAAAUGCUUUGUGGCUAUUAUUUCACGCAUGGUGUUUGAAGUCUUUGCGUUAAUAAAUACUUCAUAACAAGUC